UGUCAAUCCAAAUGAUACUGCAAUUCGGGAUUUUGCCAGCGUUAUUUUAUUUCGAGUUUUAUAGACAAACAAAAGCUUAUACAACAAAUUGCUAGAUAUUACAUACGUGAACAAUAUUAAAGUGUUAUUUAAGUUAUAAAAUUAGUUUGUGUGCUUUAUAAUAACAAAAAUGUCAGGCGGUGAUAUUGGUGGUCUCGAUGCCACUGGCAAAAUAGUUAAAAUGGAAGUAGACUAUAGUGUUACUUGCGACGAAAAGAUUCCGGUAUGGAAGUCUUGGGCUUCAAGUGGAAGGGUCCAAGAAGCAAUAGACCAGCUUUUGGCUUUAGAAAAACAAACCCGAACUGGAGCUGAUAUGGCAUCAACAGCCAGAAUUCUAGUAACUAUUGUGCAGAUUUGUUAUGAAGCCAAAAACUGGGCAGCACUGAAUGAUCAUAUUGUAUUGCUUUCCAAGAGAAGGUCCCAACUAAAACAGGCAGUUGUGAAAAUGGUUCAAGAGUGCUACACCUAUGUCGACAAAACACCAGACAAGGAGACCAAAAUAAAGCUGAUUGAAACAUUGAGAUCCAUUACGGAAGGCAAAAUCUAUGUAGAAGUAGAAAGAGCAAGACUGACCCACAUUUUGGCUAAAAUUCGUGAAGGUGAAGACAAUGUUGCCGAAGCAGCUAAGAUUAUUCAGGAGUUGCAAGUAGAGACUUACGGUUCUAUGGACAAGAGGGAGAAGGUUGAACUCAUUUUGGAACAAAUGAGGCUGUGUCUUGCUAUCAAAGACUAUAUCCGUACUCAGAUCAUAUCCAAGAAAAUCAACACGAAAUUCUUUGAGGAGGAGAAUACACAGGAAUUGAAAGAAAAAUUCUACCGCAUAAUGAUUGCAGUAGAUCAACACAAUGGCCAGUAUUUGUCGGUCUGUAGACAUUUCCGUGCGCUCGGAGCAGCGGGAGGUUCCGAAGCUCUCAUUGGUAGUGUCAUCUUCCUUGUUUUGGCACCAUAUGAUAAUGAACAGUCAGACCUGACACAUAGGCUUAAUGAAGAAAAGGAAUUAGAAAAACUGCCUGAAUACAAACAACUUUUGGGCUUGUUUAUCAAUCCUGAAAUCAUCAGAUGGAACAAUCUAUGUCAGACGUAUGAGAUAAUGCUGAAGAAGACUCCGUACUUCCAAUCAAGUGAUGAAAAGGGACAGGAACGCUGGAACGAUCUUAAGAAUAGAGUUGUUGAACAUAAUAUCCGCAUCAUGUCGAUGUACUACACGCGUAUAACACUCAAGAGGAUGAGCGAGCUGCUCGGCUUGAGUGUGACAGAGACUGAGGAGGCACUCAGCCAGCUGGUGGUCAGUGGGAUUGUGAAGGCCAAGAUCGACAGGCCUGCAGGCGUCGUUCAUUUCAGGUUGAACAUGGAUGCGUCUGAUCGUCUCAACGAAUGGUCCAGCAACCUGAACACUCUGAUGCAACUGGUCAACAAGACUACACAUCUCAUCAACAAAGAGGAGUGCGUCCACAAGCAUUUGCUUGCUGCUGAAUAAAAUUAUCCGAAAAUAAUCAACUGUUCUAAAUAAACCUAAUUUUAUUAGCACUAAUACAAAUACUUUAUAUUA